AUGGCAGCGAAGCCGAGCCGAGAGGCCGUGUCGGGCGGCCCGGCCUGUAGCGCCCUCCGGUCUAGCGCUGGGCCGCCUCGGGGUGACAAGGCCGCGCCGACUGGCCAGCGCCGCCGGAUUCCCGCUGCCUCGGCCUCCAAAUCCACCCAUUUCGAAACAGGGUGUCGGCAGCACGUGAUGUCGAUUAUCGUGUAUCCCGGUAGUCUCGAACAGCCCAAAAAAGCUCCGUCGGGCCGCUUCUGUCUCCAAUUGCUCCGUGAAGCGACCUUCAAUGGUCCGAUGGUGGAGAAGAGCUGUUCCGACAACCCCGCUGUUUUCGUCGAGGGCUCGGCGCUGCCUGAUCCAUCAUAUACGUUAAUAGGCACCAGCUUCGCCACCGCCAAAACGCUGGCUAUUGCGCACUACACCGGCGUGGCGUGCGCCAUAGCUGAUACCUCCUCAACUAAACUCUCUGGGAAGUGCCUGAAGGAGCCUAGAGACACAUAA